CAGUUAAUAACUCUUUAUCACCGUUCAGAUAUCCAAAUUCCCUUUUGAUCAUCAACAUUGCACCGUUAAAUUCUCAUCAUGGGUCUAUACAGAAGAUGAGCUGAAGAUCAGCGCUCCUUCAGACACGUUGGACCUCUCAACUGGAGAGAUCUUAUUAGGGUUAGGACAAUUCCAGACAACGUUAGGGUUAACCACUCUCCUUUCCUUGGCUGUUAUACUCAAUAUUAUUGGGGAUGACAUGCCCAAAUCUUCUACAUUGCCUCAACUUGCAAAAUACGUCUUAGCUGAGAUCCUACUUUGUUGUGCUGGAGUACUAGUAACUGUUAUACUACUGGUAGCGCAUCAGCGUAUACUCACUAGGCAGUUCCUUCCACCAGUUCGGAUGUACAAAGAUAAAUGGGAUGGAAGCAAGGCGAGUGACUCAUCUACCAAAUGA